CCUUCCCGCUUCCCCGGCGCCCGGCGUGACAUCUGCGGACCGCUGCCCUGGAUGCGGGGAGCGGCGGAAGAAUGGCCGUGCUCAAACUCACCGACCAGCCACCACUGGUCCAAGCCAUCUUCAGCGGUGAUCCAGAGGAGAUUCGGAUGCUCAUUCACAAAACCGAAGAUGUAAAUGCCCUGGAUUCUGAAAAGCGAACCCCUCUUCAUGUGGCUGCAUUUCUUGGUGAUGCCGAGAUCAUUGAACUUCUGAUUCUGUCAGGAGCUCGUGUCAAUGCCAAGGACAACAUGUGGCUGACCCCUCUGCACCGGGCUGUUGCCUCCAGAAGUGAAGAAGCAGUGCAAGUAUUGAUUAAACAUUCAGCUGAUGUCAAUGCGAGAGACAAGAACUGGCAGACCCCCCUCCAUGUGGCAGCAGCUAAUAAGGCUGUCAAAUGUGCAGAAGUCAUCAUCCCCCUGCUGAGUAGCGUCAAUGUCUCUGACCGAGGCGGGCGGACAGCCUUGCAUCAUGCUGCUUUGAACGGCCAUGUGGAGAUGGUCAAUUUACUCUUGGCCAAAGGGGCAAACAUUAAUGCCUUUGACAAGAAGGACCGGCGUGCUCUGCACUGGGCAGCGUAUAUGGGCCACCUGGAUGUUGUGGCAUUGCUCAUUAACCAUGGUGCAGAAGUGACGUGUAAGGAUAAGAAGGGUUACACCCCUCUUCAUGCUGCAGCCUCCAAUGGGCAAAUCAAUGUUGUCAAACAUCUCUUGAAUCUGGGUGUGGAGAUCGAUGAGAUCAAUGUCUAUGGAAACACAGCACUUCACCUUGCCUGCUACAAUGGGCAGGAUGCUGUCGUUAAUGAGCUGACCGACUACGGUGCUAAUGUGAACCAGCCAAACAACAGCGGGUUCACCCCUUUGCACUUUGCAGCAGCCUCCACGCAUGGUGCUUUGUGUCUUGAACUCCUGGUCAACAACGGGGCAGAUGUUAACAUCCAGAGUAAAGAUGGCAAAAGUCCACUGCACAUGACAGCAGUCCAUGGGAGGUUCACCCGUUCGCAAACCCUCAUUCAAAAUGGUGGUGAAAUUGACUGUGUGGAUAAGGAUGGAAACACUCCUCUCCAUGUGGCAGCAAGAUAUGGUCAUGAGCUUUUGAUUAACACCUUAAUAACCAGUGGAGCUGACACAGCAAAAUGUGGAAUCCAUAGCAUGUUUCCCUUACAUUUAGCUGCCCUAAAUGCUCACUCUGACUGCUGCAGAAAGUUAUUGUCUUCGGGCUUUGAAAUAGACACCCCAGAUAAAUUUGGAAGAACGUGCCUUCAUGCUGCUGCUGCAGGAGGUAAUGUGGAAUGUAUAAAACUCUUGCAGAGCAGCGGAGCAGAUUUCCAUAAAAAGGACAAAUGUGGGAGAACCCCUUUGCACUAUGCAGCUGCAAAUUGUCAUUUCCACUGUAUUGAGACAUUAGUGACCACAGGGGCUAAUGUUAAUGAAAUAGAUGACUGGGGACGGACAGCCUUACACUAUGCCGCUGCAUCAGACAUGGAUAGAAAUAAGACAAUCUUGGGAAAUGGCCAUGAACAUUCAGAAGAACUUGAUGGAACCAGAGAAGUGAAGGAAAAAGAAGCUGCUCUAUGUCUAGAGUUUCUGCUUCAAAAUGAUGCAAAUCCAUCUAUCCGGGACAAGGAAGGUUACAAUAGCAUACAUUAUGCUGCUGCCUAUGGCCACAGGCAAUGUCUGGAACUGCUUUUGGAAAGAACCAACGUUUGUUUUGAAGAAUCAGAUUCCGGGGCUACGAAGAGUCCACUCCACUUAGCUGCCUAUAAUGGGCAUCACCAAGCCUUGGAAGUGCUUCUUCGGUCACUGGUGGACCUGGAUAUCCGGGAUGAGAAAGGCCGCACUGCUCUGGAUCUGGCUGCCUUUAAGGGACACACAGAGUGUGUGGAAGCCCUCAUCAAUCAGGGCGCGUCCAUCUUCGUGAAAGACAAUGUAACCAACAGAACCCCACUCCAUGCCUCAGUAAUGAAUGGUCACACACUGUGCUUGAGACUGUUACUAGAAAUUGCAGACAACCCAGAAGCAGUUGAUGUGAAAGACGCCAAAGGACAAACCCCGCUGAUGCUGGCUGUAGCUUAUGGACACAUCGACGCUGUUUCGUUGUUACUUGAAAAGGAAGCAAAUGUUGAUGCAGUUGACAUCAUGGGCUGCACAGCCUUACACAGGGGGAUUAUGACGGGGCAUGAAGAAUGUGUACAAAUGCUGCUGGAACAAGAAGUGUCCAUUCUCUGUAAAGAUUCCAGAGGGAGGACCCCCCUGCACUAUGCAGCUGCCCGUGGCCAUGCCACGUGGCUAAGUGAGCUGCUCCAGAUGGCACUGUCUGAGGAGGACUGUUCUUUCAAAGAUAACCAAGGCUACACCCCACUGCACUGGGCUUGUUACAAUGGUAAUGAAAACUGCAUAGAGGUACUUUUGGAGCAAAAAUGUUUUCGCAAAUUUGUUGGUAAUCCCUUUACUCCACUGCACUGUGCAAUAAUAAAUGAUCAUGAGAAUUGUGCAUCAAUGCUACUUGGGGCCAUAGAUUCCAGUAUUGUAAAUUGUAGAGAUGAUAAAGGCAGGACACCGCUUCACGCGGCCGCGUUUACUGAUCAUGUAGAGUGCUUGCAGCUUCUUCUGAGACACAAUGCUCAAGUGAAUGCAGCUGACAAUUCAGGGAAAACAGCACUGAUGAUGGCUGCUGAGAACGGACAGGCCGGCGCUGUAGAUAUUUUGGUAAAUUUUGCCCAGGCUGAUCUGACUAUAAAGGACAAGGACCUGAACACACCCUUACAUUUGGCCAGUAGUAAAGGUCAUGAAAAAUGUGCCUUGUUAAUACUUGACAAGAUACAAGAUGAGAGCCUUAUUAAUGCAAAAAAUAAUGCACUUCAGACACCCCUUCACAUUGCUGCACGCAAUGGCUUGAAGGCUGUAGUUGAGGAGUUGCUGGCCAAAGGAGCCUGUGUACUAGCUGUUGAUGAAAAUGGUAUUGGAAUUAGCAGCUCAUGCCUAUUUCUCAGAAGUCAUACCCCGGCCCUGGCUUGUGCUCCUAACAAAGACGUGGCUGACUGCCUGGCCCUCAUUUUGGCUACCAUGAUGCCUUUUUCUCCUUCCAAUACAAUGACGGCUGUCAACUUCGUUUGUUUUAAAAAAGAUCAUUUGAGCAGGACGACCCUCUCCAAUCUGGGUAGCAUGGUUAGUUUGUGCAGUAACAACAUAGGCUCAGAGGAUGGGUACAAUGAAAAUGAUUCUGAUUCAGAAACUUUUUGACUUUGAACUCUAGAAGCUUUUCCUUGAUUACUCACAUUGGAGGAAGGGAUAGAAGCUGAACUCCAGGUUUAUAUUGUGUUCAAGUAUUAUGGUGGGCCCCACCUUCCAGAAGCCAGUAGAGAUGGAUUUCAUCAAACUGAGGGAGGGCAGCUUGGCUGUUCUGGCAAAGCAUUCACACAGAUGGGCCCUGAUCUUGAUUUGUUUCAUGUUUCCAUAGAUCUAAGAUACUUGGAAAAAUCUACCUCUCAUUUUAAGUAAGGGUUUUUUUUUUUAAUGCAUUUAGUUCUUUUUCUUUGGGGAUAAUGCAACUGAGAGGGAAGCGUUCUUUAUAAAGACAUUUUUUGUCAUUUGCUCACUCUGCAGUGAGUUCUCAGAAGAUAUAUCAAUGGGACAUUCAUGUCUCCAGGAGAGGAGGGAAGAGGUGGGUAGGACAUACCUCAAACCUCUUCUCAUUCUGAUGUUUACUUCCUCAAUAGAAGCCAAAGUAAAAGUGUUCAUCUUCAGAAAUAAUGCCUGUAAUAAUCUUUUUAAGGGAGUCUAAUUAUUCAUAUCCUCUCUGUAGUAAGCACUUAAAUAUCCAGAACUUCUUUCUGAGGAUUUUUUAUUCAGAUUGCCAGAUAAAUAGAAGAGUUCAUUGAAAAUUGAAAGUGGGAGUUACUUUUUUUUUUCAUUAAACACAAACAUGGCACCCAGUACUCUCCAAAAUAAACCUGAAACUAAUUUUUACCUGAGAGAUUGAACCCAAAUCUAUCAAAUGGCAUUUCAAGUGAAAAUUACAAAGCAUCAGAACUUUGGGACAUAUGCACAUUUAGUAUGUAACUAUCCCUUAUUAAUCUGUCCUUAAUUCAGAAUACUUUUUAAAAACAUCAGAGCUAUCAACAUCCUUCAGCAAUAGUAAAUGUUCAAUGAGCUUCUCAGUCAAGUUCAUGCCUAGUGAGUGACUGCAAAAGGGAACAAAGAAAGUGAAAGCAGGAUGUAAAAAUAGGUGAUAUGGAAAUGAAAGCCAAUUGCUACUUGCUCAUUGAUGAAAUCAACAUAGUGAAUACUGUGUCUACUCCCUCUGCCAAAGCUUCUAGGUCAAAUGGACCCCGUUCUGCAUCUGGAAUAGCUGUACAAAAAGAAGAAUGAGACUCUAAAAGUUAUGCACAUGCUCAUACAAGUAUACAUGUGCAUAUCUAUAUAUAUAUGUGUCUGUAGUUCAUCAACCAGCUAUACAUGAGGACCAAAAUGCUUCAGUAUAAAAUGGAAGAUUUAAAUUGUUUUCCUUCAAAAUGGAAGUGAGAACUGAAGUACUUUUUUAUGGAGUUAAAUGUAACUUUUAUGUGUGACAGUCUUUGUUGUAUUUCUUAUUACUCAGAUUUCCAGUUGAUGGCUUAACAUUUGUAAUUGUAACUGGCUUUUCUUUUUCUUUAAUUUUUUGCCAAAUUGCAGAAAAUGUUCAUAAAAUUCUGAUGUAAAUGGUUUAUAUUUAUUUGGAAAGAAAUAAUUGCCAAGGAAACAUCCAUUGGUUGUUCUCUGUUUUAACUGCUAUGUCCCUUACUUGGAGUAACAAAAAAGCAGAAUACACAGGACAUUUCCUUGGCUAACCAACAGUCCUGAGGCCCCAGCAUUUCCAAUGCUCAGGUUUCCAGCAAAACUUCAGGUUCUUCCAGGAGUCAGUUGGAAAGGGGGUGAGCUUCCAUCACUCAACUUCAGUUUGUAGCCUGUGUAGAGCUUAGAAGAUGCAAUUUGAUGCUCUUUUGCAAAAAUGAAAACUGUAGGGUAUAGAUAAUCAUAUGCACCAAGGUGACCCUAAGGAAAAUACAGAAAUCAUGCUAAUUACAUUGUAAAUCUCACAUGAUCCCAAUAAAUUUAAUGAGGAAUUGAUAGUGUGUGGACACCUGUGUCAAGAGGAGAAAUGAAAAUUACCAGCACAAGUUUACUUGAAGAGAGAGGAAAAAAGGCUGUAGUACUUGGGUAAUGUUCCAUGACAUUUUCUAGUAAGCUCCAUUUUCACCCUCAAAAUUUCUAUAUUAUAGUGUCUGUGAAAUACUUUUUAAAAACAGUGUUCUAUUUGGAUCAAAUAGAAAAUACUGUAUCAGAUUUUUUCAUGACUAUAAAAUACUUUAAACUUUCUUCUUUUAAAUAUCCUGGAUUAGAUUAAAGCUCAUGUUAUGUUCUACACAAAUGAGAACAAUUCAAAAGACCAUAAUAAUUGGCAUGAAUUUCAUUGAAAAUUAAUUGUCCUGGAAGAUCUUCUCUCCACCAAAACUGCUUUUUAAAAUUCUCAAUGUUGUAUUCCUCCCUCCUCCUCUAUUCUUUUUGUUUAUAAAUAUUUUUGAGUAGAUGGUUUGCUAUUAAGCAAUAAUGAUUUUACAAAAACACUGAAAACCGAGAGUUCUAAUACUGAAGAAGAACUAGAAAUUUGUGUCUCUUUCAGGACAUGAACGGAAGUCUUGCCUAUUUAGCAGGUAAAUCAUGACAUGAAAUGCCUACUUUAAUGAUGUAGCAGCAUUACCAUUUUUUCCCUACAGUGUCACAGCAAGAAAGCAGUGACAGCCAUGGGACUUUACCUCCAUGGAGCUCUGUUCUAACUCCCCCAAGUCUCUUAUUAACUGAAAGAAGGAGGGCAAAGGAACAAAGUGAAAAUCAUGUUCAUGAAUUAAUCUCAGACUCUCUCUUCCUCUCCUUCUUUGUCUCUUUCUCCCACCGUCCUUCCUCCCAAUCCUUCCAUUUAUCCUUCCCACCAAGACCAAGGAAUUCUGUGGGGUGUUUUUUAUGUGCAUCUCUUUAAAUUAGACUUGUGUGUAACUGUCCAAGAAAAAAAAUACAGAAAAUAUGUUUUUAGUGCUUUUACCUAACUGUAUUUUUAAAACUAUUUUCACCACAACCAGAGCAUCAUGCUACAUUGCACUUACAUAUUCACCAGUGUCUGCCUAUCCUUGGUAAAUAAAUGUUACUAACUCCAAAUUGCCUAAAAUCUGCUUUGAUUCUACAGUAAAUUGCUCAGGGGAUUUCUCUUUGUCACUACUAAAAGGGCACCAUUGUAUGUUUUGGUACUUUAGGCAGUAAACAGCUGCUUAAUUCAUUAUUUUCUUAUUAAUUAGAACAAGAACAUCAAAUGGAUUUGCUGCACUAGCUAUUUGUACUGUUGAGUAACAUGGUUCAUUUAUCUGUUGCAAUGGUUGAAGAACUCAUCAUCCCUUUCUUAGUCUUGUAAUAUGAAGUUAGAGUGCCUUUUUAUAUUUGUAUAUUCUGGAAAUGUUCUGUGAAAUGUUUUGUAUUUUUUUCAUUUGAGUGUUAUCAGAGCAAUAUAAGACCAGUGAGUUUCAUUUCAACCUUUUCUUAAAUGUAUGCCUUUUUUUCCUAUUUCCCCUUUUACCUGUUUUGAUAUGAAAAUGCCGAAGUUUCCUCUAGGAAUUAUGUUUGAUUUUGCAGUGCUAAAAUGCUUUCUUCUUACAAAACUGUAAACCAUAGGUCAGUGUUAUAGGGGAAAGGCGUUUUAAAUAGUGACAAUCUGAGUGUGUGUAUAAAAUGUAAUACUAUGCGUUUUUUAUGCAGUGAUCUAAAAAAUCUAAAUAUCUUUUGUUUGUAGUUUUGUCUACAUAUUUUAUGCUUUAGCAUGUGCAAUAUAUAUUUGCAAAGCACGGUGAUACAAAUCUGGUGCCAGUGUUAUAUUUUGCAUAACAUAUUUGUAACAGCAUAAAAUAUUGUUUAAUGACUUCAGUGGGAUUUUGUCUGUAAUGUUUUCUUAUGUAAAUUGAGUUGAAUGAUUCUGGUAAAUGUCACGACUGUAAAAAAAAAAAGAGGAAAAUGACUUUUUGUUCCGUGAAUGACUUUGAACCAAUCUGAAUCUUCUCAAGCACAGUUUAAUACUCUUCAACUACUGAAUGCUAAACUGUAAUGAAGUAUUUCACUGUAAUAUAAUAUGGAAAUGCAUUCAGAUGGUUAUUUUUACAAAUAAAAACGGUACAAAUAUUG